AUGAAAGAUUUAGAUCUGUCGCAGUUGUCUUUACAGACGGGUAAAACUGUCCUCGUCGCUGGCGGCACCAGUGGCUUGGGUCGUGAGCUGGUGAAAUGUCUUGCUGCCCUCGAACCAGCCAAGAUAUUCUUCACCGGUCGUAAUCAAGUACGGGCAGAUGAGAUCCUAGCCGAUAUCACCCACAGAUACCCAAAAGUUGAGGCCCAAUUCGUGCAGAUUGACCUCGCCUCGCUGUCUGAUAUCCAACGAGCUGUAAAGCUCCUCAUANNCCCUCACCUCGAUGGGCGUCUAGAUCUUUUGAUAUGCAACGCCGGUAUUAUGGCCACUCCGCCUGGAUUGUCCNNUGACGGAUACGAGAUUCAGUGGGCGACCAACUACCUUGGACAUGCUUUGCUCACUCAGUAUUUGUUGCCUAUACUCACCGCGACAGCCUCGACCCACGGAGACGCCCGCAUCGUCAACACCACAUCAGAAGGAUUGAUGCUUGGCCCAUCCGACAAAGGAAUCGUCUUCUCUGACCUCAAGACAAAGCAAGAAUAUGGCUUUGGAGCUCGAUGGAGACGCUACGGCCAAAGCAAGCUCGCUCAAGUCUUGUACACCACUCAACUCGCUCAGCGACACCCGACCGUGUCCAUCAUUGCCAUCCACCCAGGAGUUGUCGGGACUGAUCUGGUCAAGACAUUGGGAUGGGCAGAUCGAUUGCUUGUCUAUGCAACGUCAAAGAUCAUGACCCCAGAAGACGGAUGCAAGAACUCCAUGUGGGGUGCCACUACGCGUCGCGAGGCUGUCGAGAAUGGUGGCUACUACUCGCCCAUUGCUGAACCUGGAAAGCAAGCGAAGUGGGUCCAAGAUCAGGACCUAGGGGAUGAUCUGUGGGAGUGGACAGAAGAGGCUCUGCAACCUUACAUCGAUACCGAGUAG